AUGUCUUCAGAUUCGAAUAAACCACAUAACAUUAUUCUUUUGACACUUCUCUCAUUCUUUUUUCCCCCUUUUGGAGUAAUCGCACUGAAAGGUUGUGGUUCCCAGUUGUGUCUUAACAUCUUCCUAACAAUUUUUGGAUACAUUCCAGAAAUUUCGUUGAAAAAAUUUAAACUUCCAAUUGGCACUACACCGGGAAAUACUGCGGGUGAUAAACAAGUUAAUAAGAGAUCCGAUAAUACCCACAAAAGCAACGGCACUGAUAGCAAAACAGAUAGCGAAACAGAUAAUUCGAAUGGUAAAAAAUCUAUUUUUCAAAAUAUUAGAGCUGCCAUCAAAUUACCCUUGGAGAAAAUUCAAAGUUAA